GUACCAGGCAUCUCGACCACUGGACAUCCACACGGCGCCGCAACCCAGCGCACUCCUCUUUCAACUCUACCGCAAGCUACUUGACCGGAACCCAUCUCUUUCUCCAAGUCAACGAUGACCUGCAAAUCGUGUGCCGGCACUGAUCAUUCCCGCCGAAGCAGCAAGAAAUGCGCUUUCUAUCAACCCCGCACGAGGAUCAAAGUCGAAAAUGACUCCCCGGAAAACGCUGACGUCGAAGGGAAACAGGACAACUCUUACUUCCCCAACCUCCUCAAAACCCUGCCGCUCGAGCUCAAAGACAACAUCACCCACAUGCUCGACAUGAGGUCCAUCGUCCGCCUGAGCAUGGUAGACAAAUCCUGGAACAAAAUCAUAGACAACGAGGACUUCUGGAUCCGAACCUGUCGCCAGCGUGACCUGGCGCUCGAAGAGAAGCCCUCGGCCCCAGAACGCGUGCAGAGCAUCUCCUUCAAGAGCUUCGCCCUCUCCUCGGUCCUCGAGCGAUGCGUACUCUGUCUCGGACACCAGCCAGCAACACCCUCCCGCUUCUUUUCCAACCUCCUCGUAUGCCGCGGCUGUGAUAGAGCCAUGAGAAAGAUAACCCUCACGCGCGCAAAGUCGGAAUACAAGCUCAAUAAUAACGAUUUGCAAGGGCUACCCUACAUCCAGCUCCCGAACCCGCACUAUCGCCGCGCUGCGAUGAUGACCUUGUACUUGGUGCAAGAUAUCGUCGAUGUAGCGUUCGCGAAGCAUGGCGGAGACUCAGGAAAAGUCUCGUAAACGGUCGGAGGCUAUUGUUAGCACUAGACGGGCUAGAGGAACGAACUACAGAUCUUGGGGAGGGCACUCGGGGUGCAUCAGUGUUGCUCCGUAUUCCUCCCGCUAUUAUGGUGGGUGGUAAUCGCCGAGUCUUUGCGGAAAAGCGAUACGGCGCAUUUGUCGCC